AUGUCCGAGGCGUCUUGCAACCAAGUUAUCGUCGUCGGCGGUGGCCUCGCGGGGUUCUCUGCUGCCAAUAGUAUUUUAGAGCAUGGUGGAAGCGUACUGCUUAUUGAUAAAUCUGCGUUUUGCGGUGGCAACUCCUCCAAGGCUACUUCUGGCAUCAAUGGUUCGUGCACCAGAACUCAGAAGAAGCUCGGUAUCAAGGAUUCGAACAAGCUGUUCGAAUUCGACUGUAUGAAGGGUGGCUCCAAGAGUCCUGAGCUUAUUAAUACCAUGGUUGAGCAUUCCGGCUCCUCGGUCAACUGGCUCAUGGACAACUUCGAUCUCGAUCUUUCUCUUCUAUCUCGUUUGGGUGGUCACUCUGUUGAGCGUACCCAUCGUGGUAAGGAGCGUUUCCCUGGUAUGACUAUCACUUACGCUGAGAUGCAGAUGGCAGAGGCUAUUUCCAAGGCCCUACCUGAUAGAUGCCAGAUCAUCAAUAAGGCCCGUGCUACCGACUUGCUCACCAACAAAGAAGGUGACGUGAUUGGUGUUCUGUAUACGACUAACGAUGGUCAAUCACAUAAGGGUUACGGUCCGGUCGUCCUCGCAACUGGUGGAUACGGUGCCGAUUUCACUAAAGAUGGUCUCUUGGCUAAGUACCGUCCUGACUUGCUCAAGUUGUCUACUACUAACGGAGAGCAUUGUACUGGUGAUGGCAUCAAGAUGGGUGUUGCUGCCAAUGCUGAUGUCGUUGAUCUCGAGUGGGUACAGGUUCACCCUACCGGUCUCGUGAACCCCAAGGACCCCGACAGUAAGGUCAAGUUCUUGGCUGCUGAGGCUCUUCGUGGUGUUGGUGGAAUCUUGCUCGAUGCUGNNNNCGACGUUCCCGGAGUACGGCGGCAAGUGUUGGGCUGCGACGCCCAUCAGAUUAGCGGAUGA